AGGGGCUAUCCACUGGAGAGUGAGAGUAUUGUUAGACUGCAAAGAUGCUACAUAUGAAUAAUCAAUUGCAAGAUCGAUGUAUGCCUAUGCCAUCUUCAACAUCACCACUCAGUCAAAGUAAUAAUCGAAAAUAUAUUGACUUUUUGCUUGAGGAAAAUCAUAAAGUAUUUCCUUAUUGCACAACACUUGACUAUCAUAAAUACAAAUGGAAUGCAGUGCCAAAAUGUUCAGCAAGAAAAAAACUGAGUGAAAUAUCAUUGAAUUCUUCAGAAGAAAGACUAGAGGAUUCCAUGUGGAUGAUGAGACAGGAGGCUCGGGCUCUGUACAGAUCACAUGGGGAUGUUAUAAGAAGACAGAGAACGCUUCAGAACUUAGUCAAACACUAUGACCAAGAAAUUGAGAAGAAAAUAUCAGAUGGUGAAAAACAAAAGAAAGAGCUAGACAAGAAGAAUGAAAAGAUGGCACAAGAGAAAUCCAAAAAGAGAGAGCAGAUAACCAAGGACAAUAUCCUACGGAAUAAGCUGGGAAUCGAGUUUACACAAUCGAAACAGAGAGGAGUUUCAGCCUUUUCUUUAGAUUGUGACAGGAUGCUUAACACAAGAAAUACACAUGAUCACACAAGACAAGAACUCAAGGAAAAAGGCCUGGAGGAAAAAUGGCUACAGACAGAGAGGAGAUUGAGAUCGAUUGAGCUGCAAAAGUGGCACCUGGAGUCUGAGCGCUCUGCCACACAGAAAUAUCUAGCCAGAAAACAGAGGAGAGAAUCGAAAACGGCUUUGGAAAUCACAAAUCAAAUGAGGCAAAAUUUGAAGAAACAGAAGGAUAUCCAGCAACAGAUCUAUGAACUGAGUCAGGUUCGACAGGCUGAAAAGGUUGGGAAUACAAAACAAGUCCACCUGUCAAAACCUGAAACUGGUAGUAUAGUGUCUGAGCAUGAGGUGCCUGGGCAGAAAAAAUGGAAACUGGAGCAUGGAGUGUCACAUUUACAGGUAAAUGAGAGAAAACCAACCAGUAAAACCUUUGAGAAAAUCACUAUUUGUAAAACAAGUUGA